GCGAAGCUAAUAAUGUCACAUAUCAAUGUCUGAUGUUCUGUAUAACAAUAAUACUGGUUUUGCAUGGUUUUCUUGAUUAAUAAGAUACUAUUUCAUUCAUCCUACUAACCCACUAACAUGCUUGAUCCCUCUUCUAGUGAGGAGGAAUCGGAUAAUGCUGCGGUUGAAGAUGGAGAUGAAAAUAAUUCAGAUGUGCUUAGUCUACCAAGUGCUGAGCAGAGAAGCUUGUCUGCUAGCGGGGAUAACUUGAGUGUUGUGGGUGGACAUUCCCGUUCAAACAGUAUCAGACCGUCAAGUCCCAGCCCAUCUCUAGUAAGUGAUAGAGAAAAAAUUGAAGAAUUUGACAAAAGCGAACGAGAAGAGGAGGAACGUAAAAGGAGGCUUCAGUUGUAUGUUUUUGUUAUGCGUUGUAUUGCUUAUCCAUUCAAUGCUAAACAACCCACAGAUAUGGCAAGAAGGCAAACUAAAGUUACAAAAGCUCAGCUUCAAACAAUUAAAGAACGUUUUCAUGCAUUUUUAAUAGGAGAAACUCAUAUAGUAGCAGAUGAGGCUUUCACUAAUGCUGUUCAAAGCUAUUACGAAGUGUUUUUAAAAAGUGACAGGGUAGCAAACAUGGUACGCAGUGGUGGUUGCUCAGCAAAUGAUUUUCGGGAAGUUUUCAAAAACAAUAUUGAGAAGCGAGUAAGGAGUUUACCAGAAAUAGAUGGCUUGAGUAAAGAAACAGUUUUAAGUUCAUGGAUGGCUAAAUUUGAUGCAAUUUAUCGUGGGGAUGAAGACCCUCGAAAACAGCCACAAAGGAUUUCUACUGCAGCAUCCGAGUUAAUUCUCAGCAAAGAACAGUUAUAUGAAAUGUUCCAGAAUAUUUUGAAUGUUAAAAAGUAUGAACAUCAGAUUCUCUACAAUGCAUGCCAGUUAGAUAAUGCAGAUGAACAAGCAGCACAAGUAAGGCGUGAAUUAGAUGGCAGACUUCAUAAUGUUGAACAAAUGGCAAGAACUAGAAGACACCCAAAAUUUGUUGUGAAAGAAAUGGAAAGCAUGUAUUUAGAGGAGCUUAAGUCUUCCAUCAAUCUUCUAAAGUCCAACCUUGAAAGCCUGCCAGUUUCAAAGGGGGGAACUGAUUCAAAGUACUCUUUGCAAAAGCUGAAACGCUACAACAGGCCUGCUGCCCAAACUUCACCUACAAGGGCCCAACAUUCAUCACUUUCUAAAUCGGACAUUAAUGAAGACAAUGAUCCAGGCCUUUCCAAGAUGGAUGUUGUACUGACAUUUACUCUAGAGGUUCAUGUAAUUGAAGUUAAAGGACUGAAAUCACUUGCCCCAAAUAAAAUUGUCUAUUGCACAAUGGAGGUGGAAGGAGGAGAAAAGCUACAAACAGAUCAAGCAGAGGCAUCAAAACCACAAUGGGACACACAAGGUGACUUUACAACCACACAUCCACUUCCAGUUGUUAAAGUUAAACUUUAUACUGAAAGUUCUGGAAUGCUUAGUUUAGAAGAUAAAGAAUUAGGAAAGGUUGUCAUUAGACCUACUGCUAAUAGUUCUCGAACUCCAGAAUGGCACCACAUGCAUAAAACAAAAAAUUUUCCUGAUGAUCUUAGAAUUAAAAUAGCAGUAAGAAUGGACAAACCACAAAAUAUGAAGCAUUGUGGGUAUCUGUAUGCUUUGGGUAAAACAGUUUGGAAAAAGUGGAAGAAAAGGUACUUUGUUCUUGUUCAGGUGUCACAGUAUACUUUUGCAAUGUGCUCAUAUAGAGAAAAGAAGCCUGAUCCUACAGAAAUGAUGCAAUUAGAAGGUUUCACUGUAGAUUACUGUGAACCACUUCAAGAUUUAGAUGGUGGGAAAAAUUUCUUCAACUUGGUAAAAGAAGGUGACAGUUUAAAUUUUGCUACUGAAGAUGAAUCAGAGCGUACUUUGUGGGUCCAAGCAAUUUACAGAGCAACUGGCCAAACACAUAAACCUGUACCACCAGUAGUACAAACAAACAAAAUUUCAAACACACAGAUUUCACGUAUGCAAGGAGAUGCAGACAGAGCUCGUAAGCACGGUCUAGAUGAAUUUGUUCUUGCCAACCCAUGCAAUUUUGAACAUCAUGAACUGUUUAGUAUACUACAGACUUUAACAUUGGACUAUAGGCUGGCUGAUGCUUACACUUGUUUGGGAUGGUUUAGUCCUGGUCAAGUAUUUGUAUUAGAUGAGUAUUGCUCUCGCUAUGGAGUAAGAGGUUGUCACAGACAUCUAUGCUAUUUGAAUGAUUUACUGGAGAGAGCAGAAAAGGGGAUUUUAAUUGAUCCUACACUUAUUCAUUAUAGCUUUGCCUUUUGUGCCUCACAUGUUCAUGGAAAUAGGCCUGAUGGAAUAGGCACAGUCUUACAAGCAGAAAGAACAACAUUUGAUGAAAUCAAAGAAAGAUUAAGGAUACUUUUGGAAAACCAAAUAACACAUUUUAGAUACUGCUUUCCCUUUGGUCGCCCAGAAGGAGCACUGAAGGCUACUUUGUCAUUGCUGGAAAGGGUUCUUAUGAAAGAUAUAGUAACUCCUGUACCUCCUGAAGAAGUUAGACAAGUCAUUAAAAAAUGCUUAGAGAAUGCUGCUCUUGUUAAUUAUACUAGAAUUUCAGAAUAUGCAAAAAUAGAAGAAGUCCUUGGAGAUGAUGUACCUCCUAAAAAGAAGCUUGAUGACAUCAUGCAUUUGGCAGAACUUUGCAUUGAAGUUUUGCAGCAGAAUGAGGAACAUCAUGCAGAGGCAUUUUCAUCGGCAUUUGCUUGGUUCAGUGACUUGCUUGUUGAACAUGCAGAAAUUUUUUGGUCAUUGUUUGGAGUGGACAUGAACUCAGUUCUGGAUGCACAACCUCCUGACACAUGGGACAGUUUUCCUUUAUUUCAGUUGCUGAAUGAUUAUCUCAGAACCGAUGAAAACCUGUGUAAUGGUAGCUUUCACCAGCAACUUCGGGAUGUCUUUGCCCCACAAGUUGUCAGAUAUGUGGAUCUCAUGGAAUCAUCAAUAGCACAAUCAAUACAUAAAGGUUUCGAAAGAGAAAAGUGGGAGCCACAAGGAAACGGUUGUUCAACAUCAGAAGAUAUGUUAUGGAAACUAGAUGCUUUGCAGUCAUUUAUUAGAGACCUUCACUGGCCUGAAGAAGUGUUUGCUGAGCAUCUGGACCACAGACUAAAACUGAUGGCAGCAGACAUGAUAGAGGCAGCAGCUAAAAGAACCCUUAAAUGUUUUGAGAUCUGGUUACGUAAAGGAGGAAAAAGUACUGAUUACUUAGUUUUUACUGAAAUUUGCACAAUGAUGAAUGUGAUUAUAGAUUGCAAGAAUAAAGCACUACAUCUGUGCGCCCUUGACCAUGGUCAAAAUAUGCACCAGUAUCAUACAAAAAUUGAUGAAUCCCUAGAAAGAGCUCAGAUAGAAAUGGCACGUUGUCUUAUUGAAAAAAUGCUAUCAGUGCUAGAAAGCAUACUAAGUAAACUGGCUCGAUAUGAUGAAGGCACAUUCUUUGCAUCUCUUUUAUCUCUAACUAAACCAGUAAAUGAGCUUGGCAAAGCGUAUGUUGACUUCAUGAGAGGAAAUCUUGACCAAAUGAGAAAUAAGAUCAAUGAUGAGCUUUACACAUUAUCCUUGUUUGAGCAAUGGUACAGUGGUCAGAUGAAAAUGAUAUGUGAUUGGUUAACAGAUAGACUGGAUCUGUCACUUCAUCCAUACCAACUGACUUGUCUUAUGACAAUUAACAGAAAAUGUUUCUCUGAUUUUGAGCUGCAAGGUGUACCUGAAAAUACAUUGAACAGCAAAACAUAUCAAACCAUUAGUAGCAGACUACAGGUAGAAGAAGCAACCCAAUCAGUGACUCAGUCAGAAAGCAGUGGUAGAACUUUCUUAAGUAAACCUGCUAGCUCAUCUGCAGUCAGUGGAGAUGAUUCAGAUUAAAAUGUUGGAAAUCCAUUUUGAACACAAUAAUUCACUUUUCAGUUUUCGUUAAUUUAUUUAUAAGAGCCACAACAAGCCAACUGGUGUGUUACUUGGUGUUUGGUUCUGGUUUUAAACUUAAUGUAAAGCUUAGACUGUCUAUAAAAGAGUAAGGGUUGGUUUUCUACUUGAAUUUUAUAGAAUUUUAACUUUUGGUGUGGUUGAUAUUUUUUUCACUGUAGUCUACAGUUUAGAAUUUACCUAUGAGUUGAGUGAUUUUGCUGAAUGUUAUUUCAUUAUUUGAUCUAUAGUAAUUAUGCCUGUUGACAUCAUCAUUAAAAUGUAUACUUAAAAAUUACCUAAUUAAGUUAUGUUAAAGUAUUUUUUUGUCUUAUUAAUUAGUGGAAAAAGUAGUGGGAAUUUCUUUAAGCUUUCUAUAUUUUUGCUUAAUAUAAAAAUUUGAUCAAUAAUUGAUAUUUAUGUUACUAAAAUGUGAUUACUGCAAAACCAUUUUUUAAAUUAUUAGUAGCAUGUUAUUUUUCUGAUUGACUUUUUACAGCUUUACUUAUGGGUGUUUUAGAUGAUGUUAGCUCAAUACUGUAAAGGAAAUAUUUCUUUACAAAAAUAUUUUGAAAAUAUAAUUUAAAACAUUUUCCCUGCACAACUAGAUUUAUAUCCCAAACAGAUUUCUGCAGCAAAAGAUUGGCUCACAUUCCUUUAGAUUAGAUAAUACUGCUGCAUAAACUUUACCUUUGUUUUUCUUCUUUUAACUUCUCUACUGUUGCCCAUUGCAACAUGGUAGCAUAAGUGAUCUAUUAAAAUUGCCUGUUGCUUUCUUUUCAACAGUACAUUUUAUAUUUUAUUAAAUUGCAACACGGAAGCCACAUAUAGUUUUUAAUACACAAGUUCAUGAUCAACUCUACAAAGAGCUAUUAUAUUUCAACUUUUAUCAACAGUAAUAUUUCCAUGAAAAAAAAAAUUUUCACCUAGAAAAACCUGAAUUUUAAUUUGUUGUCAGAAACAGUAGCUAUAUAUCCUGUUUCCUUUUUGUUUUAGGUGAUCAAUUUAGUUUCUCAAUUGAAAUAAUCAAGAUUAUAGGCCAACUGUUGCCCAUAAUUUAAACUAUUAUCUUUUUGUAGUAGUUUACUAUGUUGUACAAUCAAUUCAAGGUCAUAGUAUUGGAGCAGAAAAUAUUGAACAGUUGAAUCAGUACUUUCAUGAGCCGCUCUCACUUACUUCUAUCUAGUGAAAUCAGUCCACUGAGUUUUAUACACAAAAUUUUUACUAGUAUUAUGGAUUUUACAAGUUAUACAUCCUUUGUUGUUCAUUACUUUAUUUACACUAUAUAUUUCUUUUUUUUGCAUUUAUGAAAGUUAAAUUUUUACCAGAUUUGUAUUUGAAUCUCUUAACUAUUCAUAGCUUUACUUUUUUUCAGCUAAAUAAUUGUAAAUACAAGUAACUAAUGGAUUUACAUUUAAUUACAAUAGUUAAUCUAUUGCAAUAGUUAUAGAAUGUAACUUGACAUACAAUAUUUUUUAUCUGAAAGUAAUAGUAGAAUUAGAAUUUUCAAUUUUUACUGCCAUAAAAGUGUGUUAGUAUUACCUUUAUCAUAUUGCACCUUUUCAUUUUUUGGUAUAUGGUCAUUCUCUUUUAACAAUGAUUUAAUCCAUUUCUUACCAGAUGUUUUUAUUUAUUUUAAAAUAUAGGUGCAAUUCUAGUCAGUGUUUUGCAAUUUCAAACAUUGUGAUAUAUUAAAAAUGUUUGUUCUUACAACUUAAUAACCUCUUGUAUUUUUUCAGCAUAUGUCUAUUAAUUUGAAAAUGACAAACUAAAAUGUCUAGCAACAAAAAGCGUCCAGAAAAAAUAGACAUCAACUUUGUAUGAUUAACUAGGAUCAGUUGUGUUACUUCAUAGAAACACAUUUAUUGUCAUGAGCAUCAUCGCUAUGGCCAUUUGGCAAUGGAUGGGGGAUAUUCUUUAUUAAUUCCUUUGAACUUCAUUAUAUUUUAGUUAGGUUUAUUGGUAAUAACAUAUUUAAAUAAUAAACUUGACAUGUUAUAAAUAUUUUUCAGUUUUAAAAAAAAACACAUUCCUGUGUAUUUUUCUUUAUAGCUCAAUGUUUAUUUUUUAAUUAAAAAUAUUUCAUGCCUUACAGCUUCAUCGAGGCAUAACUAGUAAUGCCAACUCAGCUGAAAUUUCUGUGAUUAACUGUUCAAGCUUCUUCAUCUUUCUCAGAUGUAACCUUUCAUACCUAGCUUUAUCAUGCGAUAACAUUUUUAGAGUUCUCGAAUUAAAUUUUUUAACUACUAAUUGUUUUAUUUUGGGCAUAUUUUUUACACUUCUUAUUUAAAUCUUUUUGAAGCAACUUUGGCAUUUUUAAUAAUUUUUAAUAUUUAAAUCACUGGUAUAAUGCUUUAUUUACAAUUAACGCUGCUUUAUGUGAAAUAUUGUAGUACUAAACUAAUAGUUAUCCAUUUUUUAAAAGUUAUUUUUAAAGUUUCAUUCUAGUCUCAGCCAGUUCAUAGUUUAUUUAGCAUUUUUUAUCAUAAAGAUACUUUUUAAAACUUUAAAAACUUCAAGCUAAUCUUUUUCAUGUUAUAACUAACAAAACAAUUCUUAAAAUAUUUCUUUGCACCGGUGACAGCGUUUAUGGUCUUAUUAGGUUGAUGGGAAACAUCUUAUUGGGUAUUUAGAUGAUGAAUCUGCACUAGUUUUGAGAUUUUAAAAUUAUACUAAAAUGUAAACUGGAUCAUGUAUUUUUUAUGACCUCGACAGGCCCAGUUUUUGGCAUUUAACUUUUAAUAUGGCUCUUGUUUCUAAGCAAGUGUAUGGGACUAAAGAUAAACUAAUUAAUGAGUUAUUUUUGUAAGUUACAGUAAGGAUGAUGUAUUUUUACAACUUGAGUCUAUAAUCACACAUAAACAAUGUAAAAAUAAUAAUCUCUCAAAAGACCAACAUAAUAGUUAGCAAAUUUUGUGACUAAAGAAAAAAGCAUUUUAUUAUUUUUAUCCUCUUAAACUUAAUGUAUAUUAUAAAUGUUUCAAUUUUACUGAAUUUUUUUUUGCUUUAGAAGUGCAAUUUUUUUUAUCUACUUGACUCAAAUAUAUUAGUCAUUCAUUGGCUUACUUCUUUUGGUUAAUUAAUGUUUAGAGACAUAGGCUUUUUAACUUUUACACUAGAUUAUUGACAGAAAAUUGCCAAUAUCAUAGACUUGUGACUAUCACUAAAUUUACUAGAUCUAUCAGAUAAACUUAUGUGUAUAUGUAUUUCUAUAAAUGUAAGCAGCUUUUUCAUCACUUUUUGACUACACACUCUCUCUGCUGGUUAAAGUGAAUUUAAGGUUGUGCAGUAGUAUACACACCAGUGAUUAAUGUCAGGGAAUGUGUUACUUUGUUCACAAACAUGUUGAAUAUGAAUGGAUGUCUUUUCAUGCAUGUGUGUACUACAUCAUCCAUGGAAGACUUGUUAAUACACUAAGUGUUUUAAAUGUUUGCAUUUCAUUGUGUAGUGAUAGAAAUUUUAGUGGGUAUAAUAAGUAAAUAACUGAGAAAAAAAUUCCUGGAGGAAUCUUUAAGAUGUAUACAUUACCCUCUUAUGCAAAUAUGUACUAAUGUGCAAUAAAUAUUUUUCAUUCACUUGAUACAAACCAGCACUUAUAGAUCAGUGAGACCAGCUUAGAAAAUUUGUUUAAAAUGUUUGUAAUUAUUGUUAUUUUCUUCCAUGGGAGAAAUUAGUUUUUAAUUCAACAUUUAUUAAGUUCUUUCUAUCUUUAGAAAGCAGAUUGUUUUGAAAUGUGAUAUUUUUUUUAAGUUUCUCUUUUUCAAAUUCUAUUAGUUCCAGUUGUAUAAUACGCCCAUCCCACAAGAGAACAUUUCUUAAAAAACUUCUGACUUGUUUUACCCGUGUGACACUGGCUUUGAAUACUUUGAAUUAGAAAUAAAGGUGUCAUUUCAGUC